AUGCCAGUAACUUUCAAGGUUGCAAAUCAUGACGCAAUGCCUAUCAAGACUGCGACAUACGGCCGCUGUAAGAAUGCAAGUGACGUCCUGACUUCGUCCUGGGGGAGAAAAUCUAAUGCAAACCGCUUCGAAGAGCUACUGCAAAGCUCUUUCUCUUCUGAUUUUGGUAACCUCGGACCGCAAGGAAACGGAUUUGUAGACACAAUUAUACACGCCUACAAUCAGCAUCACCACCUUGUGCUUAGGCCGGAUGAUGUGUGGAUUGCAAUUCUAGGACAGUUCAACUUCUACGUCAACGCCAAUGCGGAGCAAUUGCGCUCACACUUCGUCGCACACGAAGGAAAGAAGGAACUCACCGUUAGCGCGGUAGGCGAUCGAUAUACUGUCAAUUUUGGUAGUCUUGCAAAUCAGAUGACUGAAAAAAUCCAUGAAAACGUCGUCGACAAAACUUUAAAAGAAUGGAUACUUCCAGAUUUUUCCACAACAUCAUUUAACGAUGUGGUGGUGUGUGCAGUCCUUAUGAUGUCUACUUUGAAACAAUACUUUUCGUAUCGCAUGGAACUAUUUUGUGGCAUACCUUUAGUCACUCUCGAAGGAGAGAAAGAAGAUUGGGAGAAGCUAUUGAAUCGUCUGGACAAGUUGGCAUCUUUUGGGCGCGAACCAGAAGCGUGGGGCGCGCUUUUGAGACCAAUCUUGCGCCGAUUUGUGUCCGCGUUUGAUGGCAAACCAGAUAUUGACUUCUGGGCUAGAAUCUGCCACGUUAAAAAUUAUGCGUCGGGAACUCCCAUUCUUUCAGGGUGGAUAACGGCCUUCUGUGUCUGGGGCAGCACUGGAAAAUGGCAGGGCCCAAACAUCGACAAGGUCUUGAGCCCCUCACCGGGUGAAGACAACACAAGACGCGGGAGGGACUUUCAACUUGUCCUGGAUGGCGUGAGAUAUGGGAGCAUAGGCCAAGACAAAAUUCCAGUUGGAUUUUGCGAUGUCGACGUAAAGCUAGACGACAAUGGCGAGCUUUUUGACUGUAUGAUGGUAUCGGGGCAUGUGGCAGGACGUCUGCAGGGACCGGAACGCGACACAUUGAGACCCGCUCCUGGUUGGUUCAUGUUUAUCAAACCCACAAAUCCGGCAUAA